CGGGGCGGCAGCAGAGACCGGACGGGAGCGGUGGGGGACGCGGCCAUUGCCCUGGGAUGUGCAGAGUACCACCGAUAGAGGACAUUCCUUGGAUUGUAAAGCAUUCCAGGCACAAUGGCAGAUCCCAUCCGCUGGGCCCGAUACCGUUGGCAACGACUGAUAUCUACAGAGGGCAGAGAAGGUAGCAGACCCAGCAAUUCAAGUAACAAGUACCAUCAGUCAUCAAAAGCCAUUGGCAAACAUAGGAUAGUAAUACCCUGUUUGGGACAUUUUAAGGAAGAGUAUGAAAAAGUAUCAAAACUGUACAUGAACAACAAAAUACGGACUACUAAGUACACAUUAUUAAAUUUUUUACCACGGAAUUUGUUUGAACAAUUUCACAGAGUUGCCAAUUUAUAUUUCCUAUUCCUAGUUGUUCUAAAUUGGGUUCCUCUGGUGGAAGCCUUCCAAAAAGAAAUUGCGAUGCUACCUCUGGUAGCAGUUCUGACAAUUAUUGCAGUGAAAGAUGGUCUGGAAGAUUACUCCAAGUACAAAAUGGAUAAACAGAUAAACAACUUACUAACCAAAGUAUAUAGCAGGAAGGAGAAGAAAUACAUAGAUGAGUGCUGGAAGAAUGUCAAUGUUGGGGACUUCAUCCGGCUUUCACGUAAUGAAAUCAUUCCUGCUGACAUGGUGCUGUUAUAUUCUAGUGACCUGGAUGGGAUCUGCUACAUUGAAACGGCAAGCCUUGAUGGAGAAACCAAUCUAAAGCAGAGGCAGGUGGUGAGAGGAUAUUCAGAGCAGGUCUCUGAAAUUGAUCCAGAAAAAUUCUCUAGUAGAAUAGAGUGUGAAAGUCCUAACAAUGACCUUGGUCGCUUCCGAGGCUUUGUUGAGCAUUCAAACAAGGAUCGAGUGGGCCUCAGCAAGGAAAACUUACUGCUCCGAGGAUGCACAGUAAGAAACACAGAAGCUGUUGUAGGCAUAGUGGUAUAUGCAGGUCAUGAAACCAAAGCCAUGCUUAAUAACAGUGGCCCUUAUUACAAGCGCAGUAAAUUGGAAAGAAAAGUGAACACUGAUAUCCUUUGGUGUGUUCUGCUUCUAAUUUUGAUGUGUUUAACUGGUGCAAUAGGCCAUGGAAUUUGGUUAAGUAGGUAUUCAGAAAUAUCUUUUUUUACCAUCCCUGAGCCAGAUGGGAAAUUGAUUCCUCCAACAUUAGCAGCAUUCAAUGUGUUCUGGACAAUGAUCAUCUUAUUACAGGUCUUGAUCCCAAUUUCUCUCUAUGUUUCAAUUGAAAUUGUCAAAUUGGGACAAAUUUAUUUAAUACAGAAUGACAUUGAUUUCUACCAUGAGAAAACAGACUCAACAAUUCAGUGUCGAGCACUGAAUAUUGCUGAAGACCUUGGCCAGAUUCAGUAUAUCUUCUCUGACAAGACUGGAACCCUCACUGAAAAUAAGAUGGUUUUUCGGAGAUGCAGCAUUGCAGGACAAGAGUAUUGCCAUGAGGAAAAUGCAAAAAGGCUGGAAUCCUAUCAAGAGAUGGAUUCAGAGGAUGGAGAUUCAGCUGAUCAUCAGUGUGGCUCUUCGAUGCAUAUAUCAAAAUGGGAGGGGGAUGACUGUAGAGCUGUGAAUGAACCUUUGAACAGAAAGUCUGUGAAUCUGUUGUCUGGUAGUCAUUCUGCAUUGGGAAGGGAAGAUGGAGCAGGUGAUGCUCCCCAUUCAGGACACGUUGCUUUCAGCAGUCCCAUUGAAACAGAUGUUAUACCAGACACACAAUUGUUGAAGAAGUUCGGUCAAAUUUCUUCUCAUUCCUGUGAUCAGUCAGAAGCUAGCAGCAAGUUAUCUUUGGAGACAAUGUACAUCACUGACUUCUUUCUUGCUCUGGCAAUCUGUAAUACUGUGGUAGUUUCAGUCCCCAGUCAGCCACGUCAGAAGAUGAGACUAUCUUCGCUGGGUAGGAUGCCUAUUAAAUCACUUGAGGAAAUCCGGCAGAUGUUCCAGAGGUUGUCGAUCCGGAGACUAAGUUCUUCCCCGCUUCCAAAUGUGAAGGAGUCAUCAUCUGAAAGCCCUAGUAGUUUUGUGAGCAAACUAUCUGUUUUCAGAAUGAAAAUGGCUUCACCUGCUUUGGAUGAAACUGCUCAAAGGGCUGCUGAGCUUCACAAUAUGGACAGCCCAGAAAAUUCCCAUGUGCCUCAAGAGUUAGAUAUGGUGAAUGUAGCUGCUUGCUGUGAACACAACAGUGCUACAUCAUCUAUUGAAUUGUCUCCCUUACCUAAACUUUGUUAUGAAGCUGAGAGUCCAGAUGAAGCUGCCUUAGUUCAUGCUGCUAGGGCUUAUAGAUGUAUUUUACAGUCUAGGACUCCAGAUCAAGUAACUGUGGACUUUGCAGGUCUGGGAUCUUUAACUUUUCAGGUUUUGCAUAUCCUGCCUUUUGAUUCGGUGCGGAAAAGGAUGUCAGUUGUGGUUCGGCAUCCAGUCUCCAACAAAGUGGUGGUGUAUACAAAAGGUGCAGACUCAGUCAUGAUGGGUUUAUUGAGAACUGCAUCUGAAGAUACUAAUAAUUCAGAAGUGGAACAAAUGAAGAUUAAAGAGAGAACUCAGAAGCAUUUGGAUGACUAUGCCAGAAAAGGACUUCGCACUCUGUGUAUUGCUAAGAAGGUGAUGAGUGAUGCAGAAUAUGCAGAGUGGUUAAAUCACCAUUUUUUAGCAGAAACCAGUAUUGACAAUAGGGAGGAGCUGCUGCUUGAAUCUGCCAUCAGGCUUGAGACCAAACUAACUUUGCUCGGUGCCACUGGCAUUGAAGAUCGCCUGCAGGAGGGUGUUCCCGACACAAUACAAGCCUUACGAAAAGCAGGAAUAAAAAUAUGGAUGCUGACAGGUGACAAGAGAGAGACAGCUGUCAACAUUGCCUAUGCUUGUAAACUGCUGGAACCAGAUGACAGAAUCUUUACUCUCAAAUCACAGAAUAAGGAUGCCUGUGCCUUGAUGAUGAGCAAGAUUUUAGAAGGCAUCCAGAAGAAUACUUCUAAAAAACAACCUGGUCACAAACUUGGGAAUGUCUCUGCAACUCUCUCCACCCAGUCUCCAGGGUUCAGUGCAGGCCUUGUUAUUGAUGGAAGGACUUUGGAGCAUGUACUUCAUGACAGCCUACAGAAUAUUUUCUUGGAACUCACAGAAAAAUGUCGGGCUGUAGUCUGCUGCAGAGCCACACCACUGCAGAAGAGUGUCCUGGUCAGACUGGUGCGAAAUAAGCUAAAGGCAAUGACAUUAGCUGUAGGUGAUGGUGCCAACGAUGUCAGUAUGAUCCAGGUGGCUGACACUGGUGUGGGAAUAUUUGGCCAAGAAGGCAUGCAGGCUGUGAUGGCAAGUGACUUUGCAGUCUGUCAGUUCAGACACCUCAAAAAGCUGCUGCUUGUCCAUGGUCAUUGGUGUUAUACCAGACUUACCAACAUGGUGCUUUACUUCUUCUACAAGAAUGUGGCCUAUGUGAACCUCCUGUUCUGGUACCAGUUCUUCUGUGGGUUUUCAGGCACGUCAAUGACUGACUACUGGAUCUUGAUUCUUUUCAAUCUUCUUUUUACGUCGGUGCCACCUAUCAUUUAUGGUGUCUUGGACAAAGAUGUGUCUGCAGAGGUACUUCUGCAACUCCCACAACUGUAUAUGAUGAGCCAGAAAUCUUUGGCUUACUUGCCUUCAACAUUCUGGAUAACCUUGCUGGAUGCUUUUUACCAAAGUAUUGUUUGCUUUUUUGUGCCUUAUUUUACUUACUAUGGCUCAGACAUAGACAUUUUUUCUUUUGGAAACCCUAUAAACACAGCAGCGCUCUUCAUAAUACUGUUUCACCUUCUUAUUGAAUGCAAAUCUGUGACUUGGAUACAUACAGUAGUUGUAGUUGGCAGCAUCUUGUUUUACUUUGUCUUCACUCUGGCCUUUGGGGCAACCUGCAAAACUCACAAUCCAUCAUCAAAUCCUUAUUGGAUUAUGGAACAGCACAUGACAGACCCAGUAUUUUACUUAGUUUGCCUCCUGACUACUUGUGUUGCUCUGCUGCCAAGGUAUUUGCUGAGAGUUCUCCAAGGAACAUUGUUUCCAUCUCCAGUCUUGAGAGCCAAGCACCUUGACAGAUUGACCCCAGAGGAGCAGAGGGAAGCAAUUAAGAGAUGGAGAGAUGACUCUGUUGUAAACUGUAGAGUGGAACUCCACACUAUUUCUGGGUCUUCUAGCUCAGUCACAGCAUUGGAGACAAGAGGCUCCCCUGCUGGCUUCUGCACUUUGGCACAGCAUGACCUGACUUUUCCAUUUCGAAAACAGGCUUUUUAAGAUCAUCUCACAGGUGCCUUCCAGAUGUGAAAGAAAGUACAGCAUUUACACUUCUGUCAGCUUAAAAUAAACCAAACAAUCAUGUUCAGCUCUGCCAAACCUUGUAGCUACACCUAUAACAGCUUUAACUCAUUUUUUGAUGCAAUAUUUGAUUUACAGAAUGAUUUUUUUUACUAUUUUUUUUCACAUCAGCCACUCCAUUUGCAGGUGGCAGGAAGCCACCACCUUUAUAGAGCAAGUGUCUUUGCAGCACAGUGAGCUUUGGUCUAUACCUGGGGGGUAGAUGGAGCUGAAUGUUUAAGCCAACUGUGUCUUUCCCCUCAGCCCCAAGGGCCAAGCAUGGGGCUGAGGACCAGCCAGUGUGGAUAAGCCACUCCUCCUGCUGGACCUGGCUCUGACACUGGCCAGCCCAGCCCUCCUCUCUGUACAGGCCAGUGGCCAAGUUCUGAAUGUGACGAUGUUAAGAACAUUCUCAUAGCUGAAUUUCAGUAUGGGUUUUGUAUUAUUUGUUCCUGGCUGAUUCUGGUUAUGUUACUCUUACCCUCCUGGUUCUGGAUGCCUUACUGUUGACCGCAGUGAAAAGGCAAAUUUUAACUAUUGUAAGUUUCUGGGUGCUUAGUAUUUUGAGUUCAGCAUGUGCCCUUAAAAUGGUGGAUCCCAGUUAAAACAAGAUGGUUAUUUCAAACGAAUUGUAUUCCUGAGGAAGGCCAUACAACAAAAUGUGUUCAGAGAAAUUUGACUGCAUUUUUAGUUUUAUUUUAGAUUUUUCAAUCCAGAGUAGUUGUUGGCAGCAGUAUUAUUGAUAAUGCUCUGUAUUAGAAGCAUACAUGCAGAAGAAACUAGAAGUCGUAUAGUGGUGGUAGUGCCAGAACCUCCACAAGUCUUGCAGUGCCAAUAGGGCUGUCAGGGCUGCUUAAAAGAGCUAGAUAAGGGCAUGCAAAUAACUUUUAAAGACUAUUUGUAGGCACUGUUGCACAACUCUGUAUGGGUGUUGAGUCUCCCUCUUGAUUGAAACACACUUUCAACAGAGAAGGUUUUUGGAAAACUACCAUAAAUUUUUAUUAGUACAGCUAGAAAAAACCCCACAUCUGCUUGACUGUGACAUUGUGUGAUAAAAGUAAAGCAAACAGUUGUUAACUUACAGUGAGGCUACACUUACUUAGAAGAGAAACAGCAUAGUUGUGAUGAUAGCCAUCAAGUCAGCACACAGGGAAGGACUUGGUACAGCAGAAGGAGGGCUAUGCCUAUUUUGUGUGCACACAUAAAAAAAAGCAGUAUAAAAAUACCUUUAUAAAAUUACAAAUUUAUUCUUUACAUGGAAUGUUGUGUCAGAGACAGUUGUGGGGAAGGACAAAACCCAACUGCUCCCUCCUAAAACCAUUUGCGAUGGGUCUUCAGACUGAUCCUUUACCAGGAGGGGGCUGGACUAUAGGUGGAAGUGGUCUCAUUUUCUGGGGGACACUGCUUGGAAAGUGAAGGCAGGCCAAACCCAGUCAAUAAAAAUGUGUAAUUACAUAUUAUCAUUUGGUAGCACUCAUGUCUACAUGAAAUGGUGAGAUGGAUUCAGUGCUUUGCUUCACAGGAUUCAAAGUUGCUAACCAUGUCAGCUGGUAGAGAGCUGUCGGCUGGGCUGUCCAUUUCACAGAAGCAUCUCUUUGUUUUCUGGAAAACAGACCUUGCUGAAACCUGUCAGGAGACACAUCAGAUGGUAAUGGACAGGCUGGCUCUGACAGCCUCUGGGCAACCUCUCCUGGUACCUCUCAGUAACUGGCUCUGGGACAUUGAUCAGUGCUUCCCUACAGCUGCAGAGGUCCUGCCCCAGAGAAAAGCUGAAGUGGGGACUGAGAGCUCCAGCUUCCAUGUCCUUGAGGAAAGGGUGUCAAUAAUCUGUUUCAUCUGUAAUCUACUUGCAUUGGAAAAACAUGGUCAUAGCUUCCUUCUCUCAUUUACAGCUGGGGGAAAAGAUCAUUUAUAUAUUAUAGUAAAAACGAAGUCCUUAAUAUAUAAUAAAAAAGACCCAAACCUA